AUGCAGCAUCACCCCCACCAUCCUCCGCAGCAGGGUCCACCACCACACCAUCUUCAGCAACCACGGCCGUCGAGCAUUGUACACCAACAACAUCACCAGCAGCAAGCUCCCCCGACACAGCCUCAACACAGCAACCCUUACCCAUCACAUAGCGGUCUUCCCCAAUACACGCAAGGGACAUCGGCCCCAAGUGGACAGCUCAACCAGGACGCGCCUUACUAUCAAAGCCAUCCAAGUCCUUACAGCACACCCGCUUCGGGUACGUACUCCUCGACCGAAACUCCAGAGAUCAUGGCUGCCGCUCAGAUGGGCAGUCGUCCCUAUCCUCCAAUUUCAUACCACACUCCCCAAUCAAAUUCACCAGCAUCUGUUGCCUCUUCGUCGGGACAUGACCAGCAUCGCAUGUACGGUGCACCACCGUCACAACUCCAGCAAAAUGCUCAAAUGUACUAUGCUCCACCUCCUCAGCAAUAUCCGCCAAUGCCGCCUCAAGGGCCACAGUCUUAUGCUCCGCAUCCACAGCAGCACCAUCAAUCAAUGACUUCCCAACCGAAUUUAUUAUUGACACACGCCCCUCCACAGCAUCAAAUGCAACAACACCCUAAUCAACACUCUCAACAGGGCAUGACCGGAAGCCCGCGACCGAAGAUUGAGCCACACGUCCCGCAAAUAACCAGAACAGCACCACCACAACAGCAGCCGCCGCAAUCACAACAAUCCACACCUCAAUCACACCCUAACAGCACCGCUCCCAUGAACCAAAACAAUGCUCAGAAUGGCCCUGGAGGACCGGGUGUAAAUCCUAAUGCUGCUCCAGGACCAAUUCCAGCUACUACCCCACUUGUUGUCAGACAGGAUAAUAACGGGGUGCAGUGGAUCGCGUUCGAAUAUUCCAGAGAUCGCGUCAAAAUGGAGUAUACUAUUCGGUGUGACGUAGAGUCUAUCAAUGUGGAAACCCUAACACCCGAAUUCAAAACUGAGAACUGUGUUUAUCCCCGCGCCUGUUGCAGUAAAGAUCAGUAUCGAGGAAAUAGACUCGUCUAUGAGACUGAAUGCAACACCGUCGGAUGGGCAUUGGCAGAAUUAAAUCCAUGUCUACGUGGUAAGCGCGGGUUAAUCCAGCGGGCAGUUGAUAGCUGGCGGAAUAGCAACCAAGACCCAAGGCUGCGAAGUCGUCGCGUUCGGAGGAUGGCCAAGAUAAGCAAUCGCAAGGCAGUUCAAUCCACAACACACCCUCCACCGAUGGCAGGGCCAAGCGGGCCAACAGGGAUUCCGCCAACGGGUAACAUGGGUCCUGGAGGAGCGGGAAGCAUGGGGAAGCCGACCCUGGGUGGUAUGGGUGGACCCCAGCUACACCAUCACCACAACCACCCUGAUGGUGGUGCGCCAGGAGGGGAAGAUGUCGGUGAAAAUGAAUAUCUCGAACACAACCAAGGGCAGCAACAAUCUCGGCUCCAUCAAGCCGCAGAACAAGAUGACGCACGUCAGGCACACGUCUUUUCUGAGUACAAUAAUAGUCCAUAUCCAUCUAAUCCUUCCGUAGGAGGUCCCUCGAUGACGCCUCACCUAAACCCACACCCCAUCCAUUCAACGCCAAGUCAUGCCUCUAUGCAGUCCAGGAUUGCCGAAGAACUGAAUGAAGAAGAACGCUUGAAACUUUUUGGUGAUAUACCUGAAUCCAAGAAGCGUAAAUUUAUCCUUGUCGACGAUCCGGGAAAAGGUGGACGUGUUCGGGUACGGGUAACACUUGACACGGUUGAUAUCAAGGAAAUUCCCGAUUCAUUUCGGAAAAGUAAUUCAGUUUAUCCUCGCAGCUGGUUUCCUUUGCAGAUGCAGAGCCCGCCCCCGUCGGCUCAUGGCAGUCGUUUUUUCGAGCAUGACGAAGAUGAUUUGGUGGAAGUUGAAGGACGAGGCAUGCGACAUGGCCGUACCAAGAUGAGGGUCAGCGUACCUCUAGGGGACGGCGGCGAAGCGGAGAUAGGUGUUCCUCGGAUGCGUAAAAGCAUGCGGCGCAAGGAAGUUCGUCUCAAUGAUCUUGGGUACCGAAUGACUUGGCAUCAAAGCCGAGUGUUUGCUGAUAAAACGGUGUUUUUACAGAAAGCCCUUGACUCUUAUCGCAAUAAAGUUCGCACUACCAUGGAGAGCAUCGGAAAGGAUGUUCCCUCCAUAGCUCCACAUUUUGAGACUCGCGUGGGAAAAAGGCGGUGGAAUGAACGUAAUAAGCGUGAGAGAAGAACCCCAGUAGACGGGUAA